AUGUUACCAUCGAUUCAUCAUAAAAUCCAAUGGCUCAAUGUUGAAUCAUUAUCUAUGGAACAAAGAGCAAAACAUUUGUUUACUAAUGGAAAUGUUUUAAGUGAUUUAUUUAAAAAUCAAAUUUUAUCACUGAUUAUUCGUAUUUGUAAUAAUAAAAACCAAUUAACUUCAACAAAAGAUGAGAAUACAAUUAUAUUUACAAAUAUCUUUACUGUGUUUACCAAUCUACAGUAUUUAAACUUCGAUUCAUCUUCAAUUUAUUCUCAAUACAUAUCAUUUGAUAUUUCACCUCCAAUUUUUAUCUCUUCAACUCUUUUAGAACAACAUGUACAUGUAGUACAUUUCAAUGAUUGUCUUUAUUUACUCGAUGGACGUGUUAAUCAACUUCGAGUAUUUCGUGUUAAAAGUUCUUGGAUUCGUCGUUCUUCACGUCUAACAAUCAAUAAUACGGAAAGUUUACCUAACAUGAAAUGCUCUUCAUUAUAUUGUGAUACAGAUACAGUUGUUUAUGAUGAAUUAAUUGUUCCGCACUUUUACAUCGAAUGUUAA